GGUCGGUCUUGGUCUUUGUCUGGCAGGAGGUGAAGAGUGGAGACCCUGGAGGGAAGCGGACAUAGUAUUCGAUUCGGUGGGAAAAUGCAAUCUGCUGCUAUAAAGCUCCAGUGCCGUUCACUGAAGAAGCCGGUGUCGGAAGCAGCCGAUGAGCUUUCAGCGAGCCUGACAUCACUCUCAGCCGAUUGCCCCGAGACGGAGGAGUUUGCAGGUCGUCCCAUCUCAUUGUCCCAUCAUCAGACUCGCACAAUGUCCCUUGGUGGAAUGAGUCUUCUGCUCCUGACUCUGCGCUCUCUGAUUGCAGACUCCACCAUUGGUGAGCCAUGUAGGAACUACACCACUCUGGAUCAGCCCUGGAGGAGCUCAAAUUGCUUUGAAACUCAGUGCAGUGGUCAGUGGAUGCAUGACGGACGCCUGACAGAAGGAUGGUACAGAUUUAGCAGUUAUGGCAACGUGAAGAUUCCCGAGACUUUGGUUCCGUUCUAUCACUGCUCUGCAUGGCGUCCAGGCUGGUUAAAAGAACAAAAAGGAAGCUUGAAUGACUUGGACAAGUCUGAGGGGACAUGGCACAUGUCCAUGAGCAUGUGAACGACUGGAAGAUUU